GAAGUCUUGCCAGCAAGACCAAGACAUAUGGCACAGACAAUACUGGACUUGCCAGUUCCGUUGGCUCCAACAAUCAUGUUCAGGUGUAUAUAAGCUCAGCCGACUGCAGCAGAGAACAGAGAACAGAGAGACUGCAAGAAGAAAGAGAACUUCCUCUUUGUUUUGCAUUCCUUUCUUUGGUCAACAGCUCCACUUUCUUUUUCCAAGCUCCCUCCAAACCAACCAACAGACAUGAACGCAGCAGUGGCAGCACCUGGAGGCAACAAGGCCGCUCCUCCCAAGUUCAAGCAAAAGGAGACCAGGCAGUUCAAGAGCAAGGCUCCCAAAGCUGGACAGAAGGGAUUUGAUGACGUUCCAGGGAUGGACGGCCUGGGAGGUGCAGAGGUCGUCUGUCCAUGGGAGGCAUUUGGAGACAUGGAGCUGAGUGACCUGGCCCAGUUUGGCAUUGUUUAGCAACUUGUGCCAUGUGAGAACAGUUCGUUCCUGGUGGCUCCAAUCCAGCAGCUUCUAAAACCCUCCUCAAGAUUUUCUCCACCAUUUUUGGAAGUGAGAAACGGGCUUGAUAAGACCACCCACACUGACUGGAACGGCCCUUCGCUGUAUCUAACACCUGAGAAGCUGUGGAGGGACAAGCUCUUGGACAGCAGCCCCCAUGAAUGACUCUUUUCCCAUCCUGGGCUGCUGCUCUACAUCUGAAAGCUUUAGUGAUGUCCCUGAUUUCACACAGACACUGUUGUGGACUCAUUAUCCUGUACAGCCCGACACCUGUGUAAUAGUGUUAUACACUGUACCUUUGUUUGGGAUCUACUCCAGGGAUGAUCGGGAAUCAACAUGUAUUUACUAAAAUGUCAGAUUAGAUCAAAUCAUAUCAAAUAUAUUGUAUGUUAUCAAUAUAUUGUUCUAUUGCCAUUUACUGUUCUGUCAAUCUCUGUCCAAAUUAUUUAUCCAACAAUAAAAGUUUUGUUAGUUUUUCUGUAUCAUUCUUUCCCCAAUUAAAAAACAAAAAAAACAGUAACAGAGUAAAUUUACACAAUACCUAAAAGCAAUGAAAAGCCCUUUUUUUUAAAAAAAGGGCUGAGGGUUCAAUCACCUUAGGCCUCUCCCUUCAGAGGUUACAACAGAAACAAUGCAAUGAAAACCUGA